CCGCAGUCUCUGGUCAUCCCCUGUACUGUGUCCGCAGUCUCUGGUCAUCCCCUGUACUGUGUCCGCAGUCUCUGGUCAUCCCCUGUACUGUGUCCGCAGUCUCUGGUCAUCCCCUGUACUGUGUCUGCAGUCUCUGGUCAUCCCCUGUACUGUGUCUGCAGUCUCUGGUCAUCCCCCUGUACUGUGUCUGCAGUCCAUUGGUUCAGAAUAUUUUUUUUUCUUGUUUUUUCACCUCUAAAACCUAGGUGCGUCUUAUGGUCAGGUGCGUCUUAUGGAGCAAAAAAUACGGUAUAAUCAUUUUUUUCAUCACAG